ACUUGCUCAUCCAACCUUAUCCAAAACCGAAUCACAGCAGCAAAAACCAAGACAGGGACGACCAUACUCACCUCCAAAGUUAGCUGUGGUCUUCGGCAUGGAGAAAACCGUAGCACUAGCUCUGCUGCUACUCUUCACUCUCCUGACCACGACCCAUCGGUUCGCGGAUGGCCAGGCCUACUGCCGGUCGCAGAUCAGCCUCGCAAACGAGGCCUGCAACCUGAGGACCUUCCCGGGGUCGAGGCCCCCCUACGUGCCCCGGCAGCUACUCAACGAAACAUCCACGUCGACGACACCCGGCAGCAAGGACUACGAGCUUCGGUCCCGGGACGACGACGACGACGACGAUGACAACGAUGAAGGGGGAGAACAUGAGGGGCGGCACCGGCGUCGACAGCGGCACCGCCACAGCGCCGACAACAGCGACCCGCGUGACACAGCCUGCUGCCGCCGGCUGAUGUCCAUCGACAACUCGUGCAUCUGCCAGGCGUCGGCGCGCCUCCCGGUGUUCAUGACCUCGGUGUGGCACGUCAUCAAGCUCACGCCGGUGGAGGGCUGCGAGGUCACCUACGAGUGCCCUGGCGCCUUGUCACCGCUGGGCUGAUCUCAUUACAUUGAUCAAUUGAUUGCGAUUAUGUCUACUACACCAAAUCGUCAGUUCACAUUCCUUACACAGAGAUUGAAUUCUACUGCUUGAUCCAUAUUGUAAUAAAGAUAGAUUAACAGAUGUUGUACUAUCAUUGAGAAGAAGAUAUAAAUUACAUUCUUAACUGAA